AUGGGUGCUCGGGACAGGGAUCACAGGCACACAGAGAACCUCAAAGUGAAUGAGAAACUUGGAUCACAGAGGCAAUUCCCUCGGGCCAGAGCAGGAUCCUACAGCCAGCAUGAGCCAUCUGGCAGCCUGGGAGUGUCUUGUGGACAGCGGAGACAGUCCACCUGGAUCUUAAGAUCUGAGUCCCAGACAAGACUUGGGGAAGGGCGGGGUUCCUGUGGGAGCUGCAGGGACAGAUGGCUCCUGGCUCUGGUCCAGCACCCCUCCUGCCUUCUGUGGUGCUGGGGUAACAGGCAGGAGCUACCCCACUGUGGCCUCGAAGCCAGCCUCUUGGCUGCAUGUGAGGGGACGGGAGGAGGGGACACAGGGCCCUCCCCUGCUGCCCUGGACCCACAUGUCUGUCCCCUUGGCAAGGACAGCCUCCAGACACUGGGCCCUUGCCGGGCACUGUGUGCUGGGUUUUCAAAUGUCAGAACUGAGGCACCAAGAGAGGAGGCCAUGGGUCCCCCAUCACACGCUCAUGGCACGGAGCUGACUUCAGUGGCCAAGAGGGAGUCCUCGGCAGGGGGUGGGUGGUGCCUGGCCCACUCAGCAGUAACAGGGCGCCAGCCUGCUGUCAGCAUCUCAGCUGGCCCUCAGACCCACGCUCCUCGUUGA